AUAGGGAGUGAAAAAUGUACAAGCUCAGAAAAUACCCAAUUAAUUGGCACCCUCUAAUCCACGCCACGAAUCUCUUCCUCGAACGCCCACGCAGACACUUGUUUUGUCUCUCUUUCCCAACAAAAUAAUAACCAACCAAACUUCGCUUUUUCUUUCUUUUCUCAGUUUCUUGCGUUUGUAUUGGAAACUUAACGAACGCUCUUUGUCCCAAUCCAAUCUUCCAGAAAAUUACCAUAACAGGCAUGCAUUUUCUUGACGGACAAGACUGCGAAGACGAAGAAGAGAGGUAGGAGUUUGAGAAGCUGGGUGCGAGACCUUUGAAAGAGAGAGAGAGAGAGAGAGUGAGUGAGGAAUGGUGUGGUCGAGGCAUAGCAUACCUUCAUGGUUAAGCGCAGCGGCAACCAGGGUUGAUUUUGAAGCCAACCCAUCGAAGAUGCUCAAAGAUGGCAACGAUGGUUGUUCCUUGGAGCAACACCAGCACCGUUCCAAACCGCCACUAUCUGAUGCCAAUUUGGGUUUUGGAGGGAGAGUUCUCUCUGCUGCUGGUGCUGCUGUUCUCUCUGCUAUCCUCGUCAACCCCCUUGAUGUUGCCAAGACACGGUUACAAGCACAAGCUGCCGGAGUUCCUUAUCAAGGAUUAUGUUAUCCUGCAUGUUCCGAAGCAAACACAAUUCUUCCAAAUUUACAAUCUUCUGCAUCAAGCGUUCGUUCAAAUCUUGGCCUUGAACCUGUGUGUCGUCCAGAAUGUAGCCAGUAUAAAGGAACGGUGGAUGUCUUCUACAAAGUCAUACGUCAGGAAGGCUUUUUAAGACUGUGGAGAGGAACAAAUGCAAGCUUAGCAUUGGCUGUACCAACUGUGGGAAUCUACUUACCUUGCUAUGACAUUUUUCGCAAUUUGAUGGAAGAUUUCACAACUCAGAAUGCUCCAAAUUUGACGCCAUACGUCCCAUUAGUGGCAGGAUCAGUUGCACGUUCAUUAGCUUGUCUUACUUGUUACCCGAUUGAACUGGCAAGGACACGCAUGCAGGCAUUUAUAGAAACUCAGAUUGGUGUGAAACCUCCAGGAGUCUUUAAGACACUUCUUGGGGUUGUUGACCCUGCCAAGAGCACAAACUUCCUUCAAAACUUACAAAGCUACCGCAUCUUAUGGACUGGCCUUGGAGCACAACUUGCUCGUGACGUUCCUUUCUCUGCGAUAUGCUGGUCAACUCUUGAGCCGAUAAGGAGAAGAUUUCUUGAUAUGGUGGGUGAUAAAGCCAGUCUUCCCAUCAUUUUUGGGGCAAAUUUUUCUGCUGGUUUUGCUGCAGGAACCCUUGCAGCUGCUUUUACAUGUCCGCUGGAUGUGGCAAGAACUCGAAGGCAGAUAGAGAAGGAUCCAUCAAGAGCGGUCAAGAUGACGACAAGAUCGACCCUGGUAGAAAUAUGGAGGGAUGGAGGAAUGAAAGGAUUGUUUACAGGAAUUGGGCCCCGUGUUGGUCGUGCUGGCCCUUCUGUUGGAAUAGUUGUCUCCUUCUAUGAAGUUGUCAAAUAUGCUUUACACCAUCAUACCCAUCUUAAUCAAUAAUUUCAUUGGAAUAAAUCAAUAUCAUUCACUCCAUGUGAAUGUCAGCUAGUUUUCUUCCCCAACAAACAAAAAAGCAACACAUUUCUUGCCUCUACAGGUCUUUGUUAGUUUCCCUUUUCAAGCUCGUUGUUUUACAGUUUGCUUGUUGUUAAUUUCGUUUUUGUUGCGAGAAAAACAAUUGUGAUUACACAUGUAAAGUUCGUAAUUUUCAUUCAAAUAAAAUUAAAUAAAAGGUACCAAAUUGGGUGCGAAAAUUUACCAA